UGGGAACACUCCUCGGACGCCGCAGUGUCUUUCUCCGCCACGGCAGCUCGCGCCCUUUCCCGCCCGACAUGCCAUUUGUGGAACUGGACACGAAUUUGCCCGCUGGCCGCGUGCCCGCGGGGCUGGAGAAGCGGCUCUGCGCAGCCACGGCCGCCAUCCUGGGCAAACCCGAGGACCGCGUGAGCGUAACGAUUCGGCCCGGCCUGCCCAUGGCGGUGAGUGGUUCGGCCGAGCCCGGCGCGCAGCUGAUAGUCUCCUCCAUCGGUGUGGUGGGCACGGCGGAGGAGAACCGCGGCCACAGCUCCCGUUUCUUUGAGUUCCUCAUGAAGGAGCUGCAACUGGGCCAGGACCGGAUAAUUAUCCGCUUUUUCCCCCUGGAGCCCUGGCAGAUUGGCAAGAAGGGGACGGUCAUGACUUUUUUGUAACUGGCACGGAGUACAUCCAGGGCAUCUGUGACCUGGUCACCUCUUCCAGAGGGUCUCCUGGCAGAGUGAGGGCCUGGUGGAUACCAGCUUCUGGCACCCCCACAUGCAGACAUGCCUGUGACCUCACAAUCUUCUUCUUCCCCAUCCUCAUGCCAAAUAAAUGAAGAGAGCUUCAUCUUUCAAACAUGA